UUUGAAUCUGUUACAAGAGGUGGAAAAUGUCUUCGGAAAAAAAGGUUACUUUUGCAGAACAAAACGAUGAGAAAUCCAGCCGUUUUAAAGGAAAGCAUUCGCUAGAUAGCGAUGAAGAAAGCAACGGACAAGAGGAAGAAGAUGGAAAUCUUCUUCAAGAGGAUGAUAUCGAGGGGCAAGAAGAUGCGACAAUAGACCACGAGGGGGAAGUCAAGAUCACACCAUUUAAUCUUCGAGAAGAAAUGGAAGAAGGUCAUUUCGAUGCGGCAGGUAACUACUUUGUCAAGAAAGACAAGGAGAUCCGUGAUGAAUGGUUGGAUGCUGUCGACUGGCAAAAAAUAGACGAAAGAGCAGCGAAAAUUGAAAAGGAAAAAAAUGACGAACAGUUUGAAGACGCACCAGAGGAUGUUGACAAGGUUACCAUAAUUAAGUCGAUUCUUGAAAUCCUCAAACCAGGGGAAACAGUUUUAAAAGCGUUGAAACGGCUUGGAGGAAAAACCCAGACACAGAGUUCUGCAUCGAUGAGGUGGAAGGCAAAACGAAAAAAGACAGACGAAGGCGCGGAAAUCGACAAGAGUUCUGAAAUGGAUAAAAGUGAAAACAAAGAACUACUUUUGAAACUUACUGGUCUCGCUGAUGAACUUUUGCAAGCUGGUAUGUUCAGCGUCUAUCAGGAUACCUAUGAGAAAAUGGCAUAUAAAGUCAAGGAAAUGCAAAAGGAGAAAGCGGAAGCACUCGAGGACGACGCCCUCGAGGCGGCAUUCCGACAGGGAGGAGGUGGGGAGUCGAGUUCUCCACCUGCGGAAACGCCAAAGGAACCGAGCAUUGAGGAUGAUACAACUUGGGUUUAUAAGUGGGAGAACAAGGAAGAUGCAGAGACUUUCGGACCUUUUGGCAGCUCGCAGAUGUUGGAUUGGGUUAACCAGGGGCAUUUCGGUGAUGGGGUCUGGGUACGUAAGUCAAAUCACUCUGGAGACUUUCACAGCUCGAAGCGUAUUGACUUUGAACUUUAUACAUAAUGAAACAAUUUGAAGCAAUUUGAUUAAUGUAUUAACAUAG